AUGUUACAGGAUAAUGCUUUGGAUGCAGAGGCUGGUGAGGUGGAAAGACACAGAAUAUACGUGAACGCGGGGCGGGCGGGCGGAAGAGAAGGAAGAAUAAGUGAAGACACACUAACAGCCAUUCCUGGUUGGGGGCUCCCGUCGUCGGCCAAAGGAGGGCCUGAGGUCCAGGCGCCAGUCCCCUCGCCACUUGGCCAGGUCCUCGCCAAUGCAGACGCCAACCUCGACGCCGCCGGGGUGCCGCCCAGGCUCCACACCGCCAAGCCAAACGUGGCCCCACCUUCGCCGGCCGGUGUCCGUGCCGACACCAGCCGGUCCGGCGGCAGCGGGCCCCCGAGUUCACAAGCAGCCGGCGCUUCCCUGCGACGCCGACGCCCGCGGCAACCCAGCCGCAAGGCGAGGAGGGCGACGCCUCGUCAGUGCGGAGGGAAAAUAAAAAACCCCAAAUCAAAUAACUUCCACUCCGCGGCACCGACACGUGACACCACGCGCCGGCUGGGACCGUUCAACCGCCACCACCGAGCCCUUCAAACAAGAAGUGAGGUGACAGAGGUGCAGUCAUUCUUGAGACACCAACAAUGGCGCAGUACUUUUUUGACGAGCAGAAACAUACUACCAUGUAUCAAUAAUACAGACAGCCUUCACCCGGUGAAAUCUACGACCUCAUCCUCAACUACCUGCAGGCAAAGACAGGGCCAGGCGGAGGAGCUGGAUUUCAAGGAUGGCUCUGUUGGCCUGAUAACCGUGGGAGCAGCAGCACAAUGGUUUGAUAUGGAGAAGUUCAUGAAGGAAGUUGACAGAGUUUUAAAACCCAAAGGCUGCCUGGGUGUGUAUUGCUAUAAAGUUCCCUGUAUACUGAAUUUUGAUGACCGUUCUGAAGCCCUGGCCCAGAUUAUCCAAGACAUAUUCAUUGAACUCAAACCCUAUGAGACCAUGGCAACAAAAAGGGUCUGGCAUGAUUACAGUGUGAUGUGUUUGAUGCUAUCACUUUCCAUGACAAAGAGAGCUGAAGACAUUUAUAUUACAUUGAAGAAACCUGUUUUGUGGUUCAUUUGGAUAUUUGAGGUCUUCAGUUUUAUACCAAACUUACCUGAGGGAGAAGAUGGAAGAUGCUAAGGUCUUUAUCGGAAAAUAUUGAGCAAAGGAACAAAACUGCAUGAAAGUAGCCAGUCUUUAUGAUGAUAUUAAAUUGUGCCUAACACUAUGAAGUUAUCUAAGGCUUCUAGUGACUCCCCGAGGCUGCUUUGUAACUGGGUUUAAAAAACCGCUCAGUUAACCCUAAUUCAUGUUAAUGACUUUGAUGGUUUUCUUCAGUUUUUUCCAAAUCUAGGUUACAGUCAGUUCAAUUCUGGGGAUUGACAGAUGAAUUUGAUGAAAUAUGUAAUCAGGCAAAUUUUAACAUGUAUAACUGUAUAUAUGAACAUGCAGGAGCAACAUCUACACUCCAUCUUUUGGGUAUGUCUCUACAAAUAGCUUCAGGAGUCAUUCCUCAAAAUGUUUUGUUUCAUCAUCAUUUACUGACUAUUUACUGACGGGAAUUGAAAGUAAAUU